AUGUCCUCCACCUUCUCCAUGCGCAGCUACUCAGCCCGCCAGCCAUCCUUCUCCAGCAUGUCUCUGAGAGACAGCAGUAGUAGUGGUGGCAGGAGCCGCUCCAAAGCCCCUGUCUCCUCCCUGUCCUCUGCCAACACCCUGUCCCUCUCCCGCUCCCUCUCCAUGGGCAACGGGCUCAAUGUCCUGGGCGCCCUCUCCUCCCUGAACGGCAUGGGUGUGGGCGCCAGCGACAAGGAGACCAUGCAGGGCCUGAACGACCGGCUGUCCAACUACCUAGACAAGGUGCGCUCCCUGGAGCGAUCCAACGCUGAGCUGGAGCUCAAGAUCAAACAACUGAUGCUGGAGCGGGCCCCCAAAGGUCACGAUAUCGAGGGUAUGAUGGCCCAGGCUCACGCCAUUGGACAGGAGGUGAGAAAGAAGACCCUGGAGAAUGCUCGCAUCAUGCUGGAGAUUGAUAAUGCCAAGCUGGCCGCCGAUGACUUCAGGGUCAAAUGGGAGGCUGAGGCCACACUGUGCCAGUCUGUAGAGAGGGACUGUCUGGCUCUCAGGAGGGCCAAGUCAGACCACGACCAGAUCAUAGCCACCCUGAGAGGAGAUCUGGACAGCCUGAAGGAGGAGCUCUACUUCCUCAAGAAGAAUCACGAUGAGGAGAUGGGCUCCAUGAAGGCCCGUAUGGCCAACGAGCAGGUGAAUGUGGAGGUGGAUGCAGCCCAGGGCCCAGACCUUGGGGCCAUAAUGGCUGAGCUGAGGAGCCAGUAUGAGGGCAUUGCGCGUAAGAACAAGGAGGACUCAGAGACCUGGUACCUUAAGAAGCUGGAGUCAGUGCAGUCAGAGGUAAAGGAGAGCGGUGAGGCGCUACGCUGUGCUCAGAGUGAGCUCAGCGAGAGACGCCGCUUCCUACAGGCCCUGGAGGGGGAACUGGACAGUCUGCGCAAACAGGUGGGUGUGUUGGAAGGGAACCUGAGAGAGACAGGCCAUAAGUAUGCUCUGGAGAUGGACAGUUUGCAAGCCACGCUGUCUCAGCUGGAGGAGGAGCUGUCCCAGCUGCGUCUGGACAUGCAGCGCAACAAGACAGACUAUGAACAGCUGCUCCGUAUCAAGCAGAACCUGGAGCUGGAGAUCGCCACCUACAGGAGACUGCUGGAGGGAGAGGAAGUGAUCAAGGAAAUGCCUGUUCCUAAAAAGGAGCCUGAGGUGAGGACCAGGAAGAUCGUCAAGGUGGUCACCCAGACCAUGAUCAACGGCAGGGUAGUGGAAGAAUCCAGUGAGGUGGAGCAGAUCAAAGACAGCAAGAAAUAA